CACCUGAGUCAGUAUGGGAGAAGCGUUUUCCGACAGUUUUCAAGGGCAUGGGGCUUUGUUUAAAAUCGCGCAUAAAAUUGGAAAUAAAAGAGGGCAGUCACCCUGUAUUUCGUCCUAAGCGCCCCGUGGCUUAUGCAAUGCUACAGACUGUCGAUGAAGAACUGGACCGUUUGGAAGCCCUGAAAGUCAUUACUCCCGUGGAUUACUCGGAUUGGGCUGCCCCUAUAGUGGUUGUACGGAAGGCAAAUGGAAAAAUCAGGAUUUGCGGUGAUUACUCGACAGGGCUGAAUGACAUCCUACGACCACAUGAGUACCCGCUUCCACUGCCAGAGGACAUUUUUGCUAAGUUAGCCCGAUGCCAAAUUUUCAGUAAGAUUGAUCUCUCCGAUGCUUUUCUUCAGGUGCAGAUUGAUGAAAAAUUUCGCCCGCUGCUAACAAUAAAUACCCAUCGUAGGCUAUACCACUACAACCGUCUACCGCCCGGCAUAAAAAUAGCCCCAGCAGCAUUUCAACAACUGAUUGAUACCAUGUUGGCAGGAAUAACAGGAGUUUGCGGCUAUAUGGAUGAUCUCAUAAUUGGAGGCAUGUCAGAUAAAGACCAUGAUAAUACGCUAAAUCUUGUACUAAAACGAAUUGAGGAAUUUGGUUUCACAUUACGACCUGACAAAUGUGUGUUUAAAAUGUGUCAGAUUAAAUAUCUCGGGCAUGUAAUCGAUGGCAGGGGAAUACGUCCUGACCCUGAAAAGAUUAGCGCUAUACAGAAUUUACCAGCCCCCACCGAUAUUGCCGGAGUUAGAUCUUUCCUAGGGGCAAUUAAUCAUUAUGGAAAAUUUGUUCCAAUGAUGCGCGAUCUAAGAUUCCCCCUUGAUAAUCUUCUAAAGAACGAAAAACAAUUUAAAUGGACAACAGAAUGCGAAGCAGCUUUCAAGAAAUUUAAAGAAAUACUGUCAUCAGAGCUGCUAUUAACACACUACGAUCCUACGGCAGAAAUAAUUGUAUCAGCAGACGCUUCAUCCGUUGGAAUCGGAGCUACUAUUAGCCAUACAUUUCCAGAUGGAAGCGUUAAGGUUAUACAGCAUGCUUCACGAGCGCUGACCAAGGCGGAGUUUAAUUACAGUCAGAUUGAUCGCGAAGGCUUGGCCCUCGUUUAUGCAGUUACCAAGUUUCAUAAGAAGCUAUACGGCCGUCAUUUCAGACUCUAAACAGACCACCGUCCCCUGCUCCGGAUU